GGAAGUCCCUUGCCGGGGCGGCGGCGUCGUCAUUUCCUCUGCGCGCGUUGUCAUGGCGCCCGAGGCCUACUGAGUCUUAGCGGAGCCUGGAGCUGCUCCUUCAUCCAUGCCACCCGGGGCUUCAACAGCAGCAGCAGCAACAACAACAAGAAGCGCAGAGUAAAGUCAUCGGCCCACGGUGGGGGCUGGCCAGAAGCCAGGAGGAUGACCACACAGUACAGUAUCCUAUUCAAGCAAGAGCAUGCUCAUGAAGACUCCAUCUGGUCUGUGGCUUGGGGAAAGAGUGAGAAGGACAGCUCAGAGACUAUAGUGACUGGAUCACUGGAUGACCUCGUUAAAGUCUGGAAAUGGGCGGAUGAGAAGCUUGAACUCCAGUGGGCUCUAGAGGGACACCAACUAGGAGUCGUGUCAGUUGACAUUAAUCACACAGGCACCACUGCAGCCUCCAGUUCUCUGGAUGCACAUAUCCGCCUUUGGGAUUUAGAGUCAGGCAAACAGAUUAAGUCGUUGGAUGCUGGGCCAGUUGAUGCUUGGUCAGUGGCCUUCUCUCCAGAUGGCAAGUUUUUAGCAACAGGGAGCCACUUGGGAAAAGUUAAUAUCUUUGGUGUUGAAAGUGGAAAGAAAGAAUCUUCCUUGGAUACAAGAGGAAAAUUCAUCCUCAGUAUUGCAUAUAGUCCUGAUGGGAAGUACCUCGCUAGCGGUGCUAUAGAUGGUAUCAUCAACAUUUUUGAUAUUGCAACUGGAAAACUGCUGCAUACGCUGGAAGGUCACGCCAAGCCAAUUCGAUCUCUGACUUUCUCUCCAGACUCUCAACUUCUAAUUACAGCCUCUGAUGAUGGUUACAUCAAGAUUUAUGAUGUCCAACAUGCAAGUCUUGCAGGUACCCUAAGCGGGCACGGAUCCUGGGUACUGAGUGUGGCUUUCUGCCCAGAUGACACGCAUUUUGUAUCCAGCUCUUCUGACAAAAGUGUAAAGGUUUGGGAUGCUGGCUCAAGAAGUUGUGUGCAUACAUUCUUCGAUCAUUUGGAUCAGGUCUGGGGUGCUAAGUACAAUGGGAAUGGAUCCAAGAUAGUCUCUGUUGCAGAUGAUCGUGAAAUCCAUAUUUAUGACUGUCCCAUCUGAAGUUUUCUUCCACUAUUCCCAAUAUAAGCCUGCUUCCAAAGUUCUCCAUUCACAAGUACAGACUGGUGCCUCGGAAUGUGUAAAAGCCAGUAACCUGCUUUUUAUAAUUGAAAUCUGCAGUAUAUUGUGAAACCAAAGGAGCCAUCAUGAAGUCUUGUUUGGAUUAGAUAAACAAUUCCAGGUUUCAUUUUAAUUUGGUGUAUUUGGCUUUUCCCAUCUAAGGAACUUUUAUUGUAUUUGAGCUUAUGUUGUACCCCUUGUGUAAGGUGUAUUUUUGGUUCUAUUUUUAAAGUUGCUAAAAUAAACCUGGUUUUAUAAA